CAAAAGGCCGGUCCUCCUCCUCCUCCUCAGUCCCUUCGCCCCCUCCCCUCAAAGCCGGCCUUUUAAAGCUCCCCACUCCGGUUCUGAUUGGAGCAGAAGGGGAAGGGAGGGGAGGGGAGGGGAGGAGAGGAGGCGCUGAGCCCAGAGCCCCCGCGCCUUGCAUCAGCCGCGCUGCGGGCGGGGAAGGCACAAGGGGAGCCCCGCCGCCGCCGCCCUCCUCCUGCUGCCCUCAGCCCUGCGAGGAGGAGCAGGACCCACGCCUCGGCCCUCUGCCUGCCCUCCUCAGCUGGCCACUGCAAGGAGGGCCCCCUUCCCCUCCUCAGCCUCUCUUUCCCUCUGGGCUCUUGGACCCAAGACCCUCCUCUUUGCCCUCUGAGCCCUUGAUCCCAGGACCCCCUUUCCCUUCUGGCUGUGCGCCAUGGAGAAGCCGGCGGAGAUCGGGAACGGCUACCUGGGGGCUCCCUCGGAGGCAGGGCCCCGGGGUGCCAGCCGGGCUCUGCUGCUGCUGCGGCGUCUGGGGUCCUCCCUGGGGGGCUUCCUGCGUAGGAACUGCCUGGUGCUGCUGACGGUCUCCGGGGUGGUGGCCGGGGUGGCGCUGGGGGCCCUGCUGCGGCGUCUGCAUCUCUCGGCGGCGCAGGUGAGCUACCUGGCCUUCCCGGGGGAGAUGCUGCUGCGGAUGCUGAAGAUGGUCAUCCUGCCGCUGGUGGUCUGCAGCCUGGUCUCCGGGGCCGCCAGCCUGGACACCCGCUCGCUGGGCAGACUGGGCGGCAUCGCCAUCGCCUACUUCUUGGGCACCACGCUGAUGGCGGCCGCCCUGGCAGUGGCCUUGGCCUUCGUCGUCAACCCGGGGCUGGGCGCAGGAGGGGGCCUCAGCAAGGAGCAGUUGGGCCUCCAGGACCAGGUGGCCACCCCCAAGGAGACCCUCGACUCCUCCCUCGAUCUG